GACUGCUAAACGCCAAUAAACACAAUAAGAAGAAGAGCACGAAGAAGAACAAUUUCCGGGAUGCGAUACAACGGGGAGCUAGGAAAGGGGGUUAAGCCUAUGCUACUAUUAAAAAAACAGUUUCUUUUAAGGAUUUAAGAGAGUGACUGUAAAAAGACAACAUUUUCUCGGAGUCUAACAGCUUUUUAGUCUAACGCGUUAACGUAAGUCCACUGUGCGCAUCUUCCGCCGUUAAAAUGAAGAAAAAGAGCGCAGAGAAAAAACGUCAUGUGGUAGCAUGGAGCAACAAAGCUGAGUGGGAUCAGGUUCAGGAGUAUCUUUACUCCAAGGAUUCCGCCUUACAGAGGUAUGCAGUGCAGAGGAUAUCAGCUUGGAAAGCCAGGUAUGCCAAUAGUACCCUUGUGGCAGUGGACAGCACAGCGGACCUGGUGAGGUGCCAGGUGCUGGACCGGUCAGGGCAGCUGGAUGGAGAUGAUCUGGUGCUGCUUUAUGGAGCCGCCCUAGUGAGGUUUGUCAAUUUGAUCACUGAGCGACAACAGGGAAGAAUAGCCCGACCACUGAGGCGGCUGGCUGGUGAUGAGCUUAUUGCAAGGCAAAAAGAAAUGGAAGCCUACAAGAAUGCACGAGAACUUCUCAUAUCAUUUGAAAAGGAGCAGUACCAAGUGUUUGAUGGGCUUCCUGAAGACAAAGAGACGAACUUGUGGCCUUCCCCCUUUGUAGACAUGAGCUGGUUAUUAGGUGAGAUCAAGCAGUUUGCCUCAGAGUCAAGUGAUUUGCUGAUUGAUGUGCUGUUGGAGGAUGGGUUUCUGGUUCCUACUGUUGAACAACUGGACGCAUUAGGCUGUGACACAUCUGUCAACACCAGUUCCACUGAACCCAAACUUCCUCAAACCUUCCUGCAUUUUUGGCUGCCCCUCCUGAAGUUGCUCAACUCACCAUUGUUUAUUCAUCACCUUCUGGAGAAGCUCUUUGUUGAGCUGAAGCUGCUCACCAAAGACACAAAUAAUCACAGGGCUUUCUACCUUUCUGCUUGGAUUUCAGAAGUCAUCCUCUGUAACAACAACAAAUUUGAAUACCAUUUUGAAACAAAAGCACAGAAGAAAGCUAGAAUGAAAGGCAGGAUUUUUGUAAACCGCAUCCAGCUGAGGUGGCAGCAGCUACUGUCAGCAUGCCUGGAUGCUCCCUGUGUCACCACGCCUCACUUGCUCCAGUUAAUCCUGAAUGACAUGGAGCAUCCUCUCCCUGGUGAAACCCAACAGAAACUGCUCCAGCUCUGCUCCAUCUACACUCAGACCUCACACUCUGUCUCUGGACCUUCUCAGGAGCAAAAUCAACAGCCCAUAUAUACGCUGGAGAGUUUGCUUGAGAAGCGGAAGCAUUCACCGUGCCACAGCCAUCAUUGGCACUCCACAGCUGACCAAGAGAGGAACAAGUCCUCCCAGGAUUACAACUGGGCAGAUGUUCAGGCUGAAAAAGCUCAGCAGCUCAAAGGUUCUCCAUGGCAGGUGUGUGCUGAUAAAGUUUUGUGGAAGAAUUACCCUCUUGGUAAAGUCCCUGGCCAAUCUGAUGACCCUUCAUGCUUCAUGGUGGAACACUACUCAACAAUGACUGUCUCUGACCAGCCGGUGGAGACAGAGGGCAACACAACACACAACAUCCCAGGAGCCUCAGCAUCAAUGAGAACGGCUGAAGGCCUUAUUUGGAACCACAGUUAUGUUAACAAGCUGAAAUCUGGACUGAAACUUUUUUGAGUCAUGAGCUAAUACUGUGAAAUAUUAGCCUUUAACUGCUGGCCUAUGGCUAAACCUGUGAUCUCUGAUGUUUUGACACAAAAAAGACACAAAAUGGUCAAAUAUAUAGAAACUUGAAUGUUAAACACAGUUUAUUGUUGGAGUAAAAUAACAACCUGAUGUCAGAAAAUGUCAGAAAGCAAUGAAAAAUGUUGAUUAUAAUUUCCCAGAGGCCAAAGUGACAUCUUCAAAACCCAUUUUUUCACAUAUUUUAUAAACCAAACAUUUUGUUAGUUAAUUAAGAAACAAUAACAAAUCGGCACAUUAAUUUUGUUGAAAAUAACUGUUAAUUUGAGCCUUAAUGUAAAGCCAUCAUAAUGUACACUGUACAUUGUUUUUAAUAUGUGGCUAAGAUAAAAGUGGCUCUAGUGCAGACUUUUAACACAUCCUGUGAAACAUAUGUUGCAGAUGGCAAGACUGUGAGAUAGGAGUGUGAUAUGAUUAAUUUGUUCUGAUGUAGCCUACAGUUAGAGUUGUCAUGUAAGUCAUCUUGCACUGCUAAUACAGUUGUGAAAACCCUGGCAGAGGGGAUAUUGUUAUAAGCACUAGGAUGGUUUUGUGUAAUACAUUUUCUUUUGCUCACAUAUGUUCAAUAAAACCUUUUCUCCACUCAAAGAAUAUGAUUGUGUUUUUUCAGUGUAAUAUUUCUAAAGCUGA